UUAUUUUCUCUUCUUCCCUGUAUGUUUUCUCUGAUUUUCUUUUCCGUCAUUUUCCGACCCAUCAGAUUGUACUUGUCAGUAACUCAAUUGAAUUUUCUCAACCCAUCCAUAGCGACUGUCCCCUUUUCCUUUUGUAGCAUAUUCAAUCGAAUAGGCCCAUCUUGUUUGUAACUCAUAGUAGCAAAUAUUGAAGCUCGAAGUAACAGUCACUGCACUCUAACUGCAAAAUUCAGCAACACCCAUUUGCAAUUCGUAAUCAAAUUUUCAAUCUGAUUGGAACAGUCACUCAUGCUUCGGUUUAUUUCAAACGGGUCAAGCAUUUUUCAGCCUUUUAGACACACUCCAUUUAUAAAAGCUUUGCAAGUGUUCACACCCACCACCUAUUCGACGAAUGUCCUAGCCGAAGUUGAGGUUGAACAGCAGGAAUUAAGAAACAAAUGGAAGGAUGCUACUGAAGUUUUGAGUAAAUGGGGUUGUAGUGAUGAUGAUUUGAUGAGAAUAUUUGCCCGUUGCCCUGCAUUGCGCAAUGCCGAUCCUACUCAAGUUCAAUCUAAACUAUGCCUGCUGAGUGACCUGGGUUUUGGGGCAUCUGAACUUGUGAAGAUCACCAAUUGUAGGCCUAGAUUUUUCAGGACACGGAUUAGCGAUAGCUUCUUCGACAAAAGGCUUGCCUCUCUUAUGUCAUUAUUUGAGUCGAAGGAGAUGCUUCAGAAGGCCAUUGUGAGAAAUCCUUCUCUGAUAUGUGAGAAUGGCUAUGACAUCGAAGCUACUGUUGCACUCUACGAAGAGUUAGGUGUGAGUAAAAGGGACUUGGUUCAGAUGCUACUUCUGCGGCCAACGAUCCUAGCGAGGACUUCCUUUGAUGCUGAGAAGCUAGAAUAUAUAAGCAUGACAGGGCUGUCCAAGGAAUCAAAGCUGUACAAAUAUGUGGUGACACUAAUAGGCAUCUCUCGCGUGGAAACUAUUCGCGAGAAAGUAUCGAAAUUCACACAGUUUGGUUUUUCUAAGGAUGAGGUAUUUGGUCUUGUUGGGAGGCAGCCUCAUGUUUUGACAUUUUCAACUGAUAAGGUUCAGAGGAACAUGACUUUCGUUUUAGGCACAAUGAAGCUUGAGGCUAAGAUAAUCCUUAAGUACCCAUAUCUCUUGUAUGCUAAUGUGGAUACUGUUCUGAAGCCGCGAUUGCUUUUAGCAUGGAAGGUAGAAGAGAUAUGUCCUAAUUUGCAAAUCAAGGGAGUACCCACCAUAGUUAGGGCACUGAGGAUGACAGAGGAGAGGUUUCUAAAUUCGUUUAUCAAAUGCCAGCCCAAGGAAAUUGCCAAUGAAUUAAUGGAGUUCUAUGAAAGGACAAAGGAAACAAGGAGAUUAGCAGAGUCAGCAAAGAAGUGCAUUACUAGAGGAUUCCCUUUCUAAACGGCUUUUAUAUGCUUUGAAAUAAUUUUGCAGCUGAAUUUGAUAUGCAUUUUAUGGCUUAUCUUGUUGGAAAUUAUUUUUGUGACAUUUCGUUUGGAUUUCUGUCUCUCUGAUUCUUCAUGGAGAUUUUUCCUACUAGUUCAGUUUGGUGAUCCAGGUGAACUGGUGAACUGCUAAGCUCUAAGUUAAGAAAUCUAUUUAUGCUGCAUUUUUUUUAUCCUUGAUGUCCUCUGUUUUCAUAGUUGAACAAAAUUUCAGCAAAAUGGGCUUUUACAUUAUCUAUAUG